AUGGACCCCGUGAGCGCCAUAUCGCUUGCAGCGGCAAUUGCUCAAUUUAUCGACUACUCUUGCAAGAUUGUAUGCAAGAGCAAAGAAAUAUAUAACUCCACCAGCGGUCUCACUACAGAGCAUAAUAGAACCGAAACAGCCACCCUGCGUCUUGAAGAAUUGACCCAAUCACUAAAUUUUCCAUCGAAAAGAGCCAAUUCUGGAUCCAGCAUCGUUCACUCAAGACUUCAAACAAUCAUUCAAGAAUGUAUAAUUGUAUCUGACACUCUUGUCAACCGGCUCAAUCGACUGAAAGCACCUACCCGAUCACAGUGUCCCAAAUGGAAAAGCUUUCGAAUGGCAUUGAAGAGUGUUUGGUCGAAACAUGAGAUUGAUGAAUUUGCUCUAAGAUUGAGAGAUCUUAGGAAAGAACUCGAUACUGAGUUGCUUCUGAUAUUGAGAGGUGGUUCAGAUUCAAUGUCAUCUGCAGCAGAAAACCAUUUUAAAAAACUGGACGAUAAUACGAAGAAAGUUUUGAACGAGCUUCUCAAGAUGCAAUCGUCAGAUCAGGACUUUCUUCGCUGUUUUGAAAGACUGAAUCUUUCUCAGCAAUCGGAGUUUCAAAAGCUUGGCCUAUUGACCGCCAAGCAAAAUUAUAGCUUUGAAUCUUUGAAUAAAGACACCAAAGAUAUCAUUGACUUGUUACUUGAAUCAAGAGUCUGCCGCAACGAAGACUUGAUUCAAUCUCGACAAUUGGUAGAACAGAACCGCCAGGCUGGUGCUGAGCUAGUGGAACGUGAUAAUGGACAGCGAUUUAGGCGUGCUCAAAAAGUCCGACUUGCCAUCUUAGAGUCCCUUGGAUUUUCAGACAUGAAUCAUCGACCGGAUAUGAUUGCUAGUCCAUAUCAAAGCAGCUUUCAGUGGAUCUUCAGAGAUCCUACUGUCCACCAAAAACCAUGGAGCAAUUUCGCGACUUGGCUCUCUGAAAGUUCGGGCAUCUAUUGGAUACAGGGUAAACCAGCGAGCGGAAAGUCAACUUUAAUGCGUUACAUAUAUGAACACCCAGAAACCACAAUCUUGUUGAAGAAAUGGGCAGGAUCUUCUAAGAUUAUAACGAAAUUCCGAAUUGAUGAAUGGUCUCUGGGCCGCUUACAGCAAGCGUUCAAAAGCCUUAUCGGCAUUUCCGGUCCUUCACUCAAAAUCUGCAUCUUUGUGGAUGGUUUAGACGAGUACGAAGGAGCUCAUGGUGAUAUGGCAGAGUACUUAUUCGAAUUGGCCGACAAAUUCCCCUUCACGAAGUUUUGCAUUUCGAGCAGGCCAUUACCGGACUUCUUGUCAGUUUUUCAAGAUGCAUGCACAUUAAAGCUAGAAGAUCUCACUCGUGAUGACAUCAAUAACUAUGUUGUUGCUAAGUUGGAGCAAAAUCAACUGAUGCGAAUGUUUAUAAGUAAUGAUUUGGAUACAACAAGUUGGCUGACUGAAGAGAUCAUUCACCGAGCCCAAGGUGUCUUUCUCUGGGUUAUUCUCGUCGUCAAAUCGCUCACCCAUGGAUUCAGGUGUGGAGAUGGUGCAGUUGAACUUCGGAAACGACUUGAAAGCCUGCCAGUAGACCUUGAGAAUUUAUUUUCUCAUAUCAUCCAAAAGAUAGAACCUGAGUUUCGUCAAGAUGCAUCGAAGAUUUUCCAAAUAUUUAGAGCAAGCGGGAAUAAUUUGGACUCGAUCACUCUACAUAAUGCAUUAAAGUUUACCUCGCACCAUCCAAUCAUAGCUAUGGAGGCUGCAACAGAAAGUGAGUCCACGGAAGAAAGACUCGUGAAGAUUAAUAAAACAAGAUUGCGCCUUGCCAGUAGAUGUCGUGGACUCAUUGAGAUAGUUGACGAGAAUGACGGCGAAACGAUAAUGCGCAAUGUUUCCAAUAAUAUGUUAAAGAGUGGUGUGGUAGAUAACAAACAGAUAUUUAACGCAUACGAUUCUGACGUAAAUAUUGUUGAAGAGUUUAGGAAACACAUCCAAAUUUCGGCAACAAACUUUUUUCCAGCUCCUAACGGAACUUUAGCAAGCAAACCAAGAGCAGCAAGGCAGUUGGCGAGGGAAAUAGAAGAUCCGAGGAUAGAUAGUGCCGAACGGACGACAGAGAAGAUUGCAGCAGGAAAUGCCCGUCAUUUACGUGAUCACGGGUGCGAAGGAGAUCUGCGUAUACGAUUAUCAAUUUUCCAGAUGUCGGCACUACUUGGUUCCAUAAGAAGUCGCGCCUGUCGAAACUUCGUUGAGACACAUACCAGGGCGAGAUUCUACAUGCGAAAAAUUAGACAUCGUGUUGAUGUGGAGCGUUUCCAAAAGGAUUUCAGAGCGAAGAUGCUCUCUUCGGUACAUCCGGCAGAAGAGGAAUCUUCAUUACACAGCUCUUCAGUACUGAAAUUACAAGGUCCCGGGGCAAAAGGAAGGAUAGUCUAUCUUCACCACACGGCAGUGGAUUUCUUGGAACGAUCCAGGAACUGGGACGAGAUCACAAAACAUACACUUGAUACCAUCUUCGACCCCGAGCUAGCGUUAUUGAUGGCCCGUGUGAUUGAUAUCAAGCUCGAUCCUAAAGAUUGUGUAUACACAAGUGGGGUAGAAUUGUUGAGUCAACUUCAUGAAUUCCCUUGGCAAAACCCUAAGGUUAUGGAAGCGGCUCUCGAACUGGUACAAGAAGCUGACAGAGUUUUGAGCAUGCAAGCAGACCGAAGAGUGUUCAGACACUGGUCACAAAAAGAUCCAAAAUGGGCAGAAAGAAAUCGACCUGACUGGGGCGAUGAUCUUGAUUCUGCUGCUGUCAAAUCUGGUCUUAUAAUGCUUCUCAAAGCUCGAAAAAGCCUGACAUCCGUCGCGCGUUACACAAGUCAAUCUCAAUUACCUUUACCAUAUAUAUCAGUCAAAACCCGGCCAGGGCUGCCUCUUUUAGCUUACGCACUGUCUAUGGAUGGAUGGGCACUUGGUAAUCUAGUUCCAGAUAUAGUCGUACUUGAGGAACUACUUAUUCAUGGCGCUGACCCAAAUGAGCAUGUCAAUAGCUUUCAUACAAUCUGGGAAUAUGCUAUUUAUCUAGUUCACGUUCUUGUAUCUAAGGACAAUUCGGAGAUCUCACCACUCUCCAUGAAGUGGGUUAGAGUUUUCGAACUGAUGCUUAAGCAUGGCGCUAACCCGUAUGCUUGUUGCAUGAAGAGUCCUGAUGAGUUCGCCAGAUUUACCGGAGGGUUAUCAUAUGCGAUACCAAAUCUACCCAGAUCGAUAGCAGAGCAUAAACAGAGGGGAUUUUCUUGCGGUCAUACUAUGAAGAGAGGUUACGACGAUGAAGUGUGGGAUGAAACCGAUACCCAACCACAUCAUCAUUGCGUAACUGCCGUCGUAAAAGAUGUAUUCGAGCAUGGAAAUGUCCCGGGAUACCAGAAUCUUCAGGAGAUCAUAAGACUCCAAAAGGAAAAGUAA